CUACCUUAGAAUUCGUCGCCGUCGAGAGAAGAUAAUUAAACACACUCCGGAUAAAGAUCUGAAUGAUGAUGAUUUCCUUUGGGUCUCUGGGAACUUUGAGGACUUUCAGGCUCAAAUUCCUGGCCGACCUAUAAAUUGGAAAAUGGGAGAGCCUGGUAAUUUUACUUCGGUCUUCUGCUUUGUAAGUUAUCUCGGUUGUUUCGUUUAUUAGCCGAACUAACACUUCUCUUUUUUGCAGAUUUCGCCCAUCUCCAUUCCUUGUAUAGUUAUCCCAACCUCGGAGUUUUGCGAGCCGCAUUUCGGGUUAAAGAAAGAGAUUGGGCCAAGCUUCUAAAUUUCGAACCGACCUACCGUUACAGCGGUCGACGGAAAGCAAAGGUAACCGAUUUUCUUCUCGAGGAAGACCCAGAACCGGACCCAACUUUGCCCGAGAUAAGACUUGUUCCACUAACAGCUGAAGAAGAAAUGGCAAAGAAAAGCAGAGUUAGGGCCCUCCUGACCGCAACAACCAGGGCCGAAGUAACACCAACUACUGAGGUUCAGCCCGCCGUCGUAGCCCUUCCUUCACAACGGCCUUCUUCAUCUCGCCCUUCAAAACGCGCCCGACCUACGUCAGCCGAACAGCAACUUGUUGACGAAGUCGAAUCCGUCCCCCAAAGUCCUCAUCCUGCCUCCCAACCAGAGCAAACUGACCGAGCUCGUUCUCCGAAGUGGGCUCCGCCUCUGAUCUUCAAUGACCGGAACAUUAAAGCCACUGAUUCGGUUGUGGCUGAAAAAGACCACCAACUGGCCUUUAACCUGGCCAAAAGUGUGUGCCUCCCCAAGGACAUGGAGCACCACUUGAAGCAACUGAACACCGAAAUGAAAUCAAUUCGGUCUGCUUCCAAGUCCAUGAUCUUGGCCUUGCAAAAGAACAAUGUCACUUAUAGGAAAGUCCAAGAGCUCCGCAAAACCACAAGGCAGGCAAUGGCGGAAGCCGAAGCAAAGUCGGCCAAACUACUACAAGCCGAAAAGAGAAUGGCCGAGCUAGAAGCGGAGAACGGCCGUCUUGCCGAUCUAGUUAAUUCGGCGGAAGCGGAGAAGCAGAAAGCUGCCAUCAUUAUGAAGGACAAGUAUUUGCGGGAGUUGGUGAAGCUUGAGAGGAGGAAAGACGCCGAAAUAGGCGAAUUAAGAAAAAACAUGGUGGAAGCCGAAAAGGAGGGCUAUAAACAAGGUUACAAGAAGGCCGAAGACGCCUACGUCAAACAAUGUGACGCUGCAAAUAGGAUCACCGAACUAGCUUGCUCAUACCGAACUAGGUACUUCGGUCUGAAGCUCGGUCAAGAUCAACAGACCGAGGUCUUCAACCCUCCAGAUUAUUUUAUACCGAAGUCCCUGGCGGAGUACGCGGCUGCUCUGCAACAACAGUUUUUGGAAGGCUCUGACUCUGAUGAUGCCUCUGAUGAAGAUACUCCGGCCGAAAAUGUGGACCAGCCAGUUCGGUCGGUGCCCACUGCUGAAGACCUAACUGUUGAUCCUCCCAGUGGAACCGUAGCCGAAGUGGCUCACCCUAGUGUGAAUGAGCUCCCUCCGGAGACCGGUCUUCAAGUUGAUGCCGAUGCG